AUGGAUGAUGAUUAUAAAGAACAUAAUUCUUUACAACCAUCUAAAAUAGAAGAUAUAUUUCAUUUAAAAGGAGAACUAAACCCAGAAGAACAACAGAAUGCUAUUAUUCAACAGAUUCAACUUAGAUAUGAUACGUUUUUUGAUGAUUUAGAUGAUAAUCUUGAUUUUAUAUAUAAUCUUUGCCAAAUUCAUUAUGGUAUUACUGAUUAUGCGCUUAAAGAACUUAAUUUUGCGCAAUUAAUUUUCGACGGUAUGCAAAAUUACUGUUCAGACAUGAACCAACUCUCUCAUGCAAUGAUUACAUUGGCACAAUACUGUUUGAAAUAUCCAGAAGUUGUGUCUAAGGAAAUGCUUGAAUUUUCUACAAAUUCUUUCAUUUCAAUCGAAAACUUCACACCAGACAAUAUGCAAUUCGCACAAAAUCAUAUACUCUUGAUUUGCUCAUUGAUAAAUGAUGAAACAAUUGAAGCAAUGAAUCCAGAUUUUCCAUUCAUAUUAGAUAAGAUCUUUUUACAACCAGACAUUUUACCUCUGUCAAAGAUCAUUAUUAAAUUUGCUGAUCUAAUGAUCAAAAUCGCAUGUUUAAUAUUGGUCGAUGACGAUACAGAGAAUCCAGACAUUAAUCAUACAUAUUCACCUCUUGCACAUGAAAUUACAAGUGAUGGAAUUCAGUUUGUACUAUCUUUAGUUGCAAAUGAAUCAGUAGAAUUCCCAGAAGAAAGAUCUUUUUUACUUUAUUCACUUUUUGAACAUAGACUUACUAGUUUCGAAGACGAAGACGCCGAAGUUGCUUUUCUUAAUGUUUUAAACUUCGGAGAACAAUAUUAUAAAUAUUGUUUGAAAAUCAUUUAUAUUUCAGGUAAUUUCGGACUAUUCGAUGAGAAUCUGACAUCAGUAGCUCGUAAUUACCUAAAAAACUCCAAUUCUCCUGAAAAUAAUGAAUUGAAAAUUAUUGCUUUGGAAUUAUUUGAAAAGUUUCUCGAAGUAGAUAGCGAAGCAUGUGGAAAUCAAGUUUUAUGCUUUGACACAUUUGAAUUUUUUGAAGAUUUAAUUCAAAUAAUUUUUAGCGGAAACUUUAAAUUGACGACCAAAGUAGGAAAGCUAAUGGCAGGAAUUAUGAUGCACUUCCCAGGAAUAUUCGGAAAUCCUGAUCUCUGGAGAUUUCAAAUAAAAGAAAAUGAAGGACUCGCAAUGGCUUUAAAUAAGCUUAUAGAGGUUUAUGAGUCGAUUCCUAAUGGAAUAUGUCUUAUUGCUGGUUUGAAGUAUAUUCAUUCAUAUAUUUCAACAUCAAAUCCUGUUUUUUUAGAAGAAUUUAGAAAUAUCCUUGAAGAAGCAGGAGUACAUGAGACUCUUGAUUCAAUAGAUACCGAUAAUGAUGAUGACAAUGAUAUUAUCCAUACAGUUUUACAAUGUUUGUUUUUAGAAGAAUAA